AUGAAACAUGGUAUAAAGGUCGCACGCAGUCGUGUUAACGGUCCUGAAAUCAGUAAGACACAGGAAGAACUAAAUGGCAGUGGUGCGUAUCUCGGAUGUAGGUCAAUGCGGUCGCGGCUGCAGUCGUCGUAUGGCCUAUCAGUACCAAGAGAUACAGUCCUCCAGCUUCAGCGUGAGUUAGACCCAGAAGGUGUGGAGAUGAGAUCUCGCCAUCGACUAUCAAGGCGUGUCUACACUAACAAAGGACCCAAUUAUCUCGUCCAUAUCGACGGCUAUGAUAAAUUAAAACCAUUUGGUUUUGCAAUUCACGGAGCCAUAUGCGGAUUCUCCAGGAGAAUAUUGUGGCUGGAAGUGUCUAACACGAACAACAAUCCAUACGUUGUUGCCUCUUACUUUCUGAAUUAUAUUGAAACGGUGAAAGGUGUCCCACGAUGUAUCAGAAUGGACGCUGGGACUGAAAACGGUGUUAUUGAGGACAUGCAGAAGGCAUUCAGAUGGUACCACACAGAUGAAAUGGCAGGGGAAAAUUGUGUCAUAAUUGCAAGUUCUAAUUCAAACCAAAGGAUAGAAAGAUGGUGGAGAUCCAUGAAGGAAGGUGGCAUUGCUUUCUGGAUAGACUUAUUCAAAGAUUUACAAAACACAAAUGCAAUAAAAUUUUUUCUGAUGAAUUUGAAAGCUUAG